AAGCAUGUGGACACCAGUAAUCAUGGCAAGUACGUAGAUGGUCCCCCGAAUGAUUGCUGGCCGUUCUGUCAGGGAUUGGCAUGACUCGAAGUCUAUCAAUCAAGGAUGUUGUUCAGCCUUGCCAGUAGUCUUUCUACACAUCCUCUGUGGCGGGUUAGUCGGGAUUUGAAUGUGCUGUACUCCAUCUAUAUCUUCCCUUGUUUCUCUUCCCCUGAGGUGAGGGGCUAUCAAUCUCAGUCAUUCAUUUACUGUCCCUGACGAACGUUCAUUCCUUUUUGUUCGUACCAGGAGAUAGCUGAGACAGCUCAUGGGGUCAUCAUGGGCGACAGCUUCACCACCGAGGCCUUUACCCUCCUUUCCCUCGCUAUCGUCGUCAUCAUCCUUCGCAUUAUCGCUCGCAUCUUCACUGUGGGAUUCCACAAUUUCCAGCUCGAUGAUUACCUGAUGCCUCUAGCCGGAGUGGUCUACGGCCUCGAAACAGGCGCAGCCUACUGCGUCGGUGCCUGGUGGAAAGGAUUGGCCAACAACUACAUGUCCGAUGCCCAGCGCGCCGCCCUCUCGCCCGACUCGGAGGAAUUCAGUCUGCGAGUAGGCGGAUCCAAGACGCAAGUGGUGGGGUGGUCGUUGUACACGACCUUGCUGUGGUUGUUGAAGGCGUGCAUGGCUAUAUUCUACUCGCGCUUAACGGCCGGUCUGAUCAACAUGCACAUCCGCGUGCGGGUGGCCUACGUUGCCAUCGGGGUGACCUAUCUGAUUGUGAUUCUCUCGAUCCUGUUUGGCUGCUAUCCCAUGCAUAAGAAUUGGCAGAUAUAUCCCGACCCUGGCUUACGCUGCCAACCCGCCAUCUCGCCGAUUGAUGUCUACAUGACGGUCACACUGAAUGUCGCGACGGAUGUAUAUCUCAUUACCAUUCCGACACCGAUGCUCUUCAAAGCGCGGCUCCCCUGGCGCGAGAAACUCGAACUCUUCAUUCUAUUCUCCGGCGGAAUCUUCGUCAUGGCAGCCGGUAUCCUCCGCUGCGUAUUGAUCGUCACUGCCGGUGCAAACGGUGCCUCCCAAGCCGGCAGCUGGGCCUGCCGCGAAACAUUCGUCGCCGUGGUCAUCGGCAACGCCCCCAUGAUCUACCCCCUGUUCCGCCGCGCCGCCCGCCGCGCAGGCUGGUACAUCAGCUCCCGCGGCCAGUCGCAGAGCUACCCAGCCUACCCGCUGUCUGAAGGCGAGCGCGGCGAGAACUCGACGCACCACAGCAAGAAGCGCCGCUUCCGGCACCCGCUCAGCAUCCCCGACACGCAGUGGCACGACGAGGCGAUGAUCCUGCCGACGUCGCGGCAGCAGCCGCCUACCUGUACGGCCAGCCCGGCCGCGGACUGGGACGAGUCGAGCCAGCCCAGCUCGGACGGGAUCAAGGUGGUCCACGAGACGAUAAUUGAACGGAAUGAACGAUUUUGACCCUUCGCUUAUGUAUACCCCGUGUUUUAUCAUU